AUGCUCGCCCAGGCGGCAGCACGAUGGGCCGCCACGAGCCUCGUCACAGUGGCAGGGCCCGUCGCACAAGCAGCGCAGGACAACCCGGUCGGAUCUGGCUCCCACCUCCCGCUCCCCAUCCUCAUCACCGCGACCAUCUCGGCCGGCCUGUCGACCAUCCUCAGCAUCGCCACCGUCUGGCUCCAGCUCAAGCACUACCACAAGCCGCGACUCCAGCGACUCGUCGUCCGCAUCCUCGUCAUGGUCCCCAUAUACUCGGUCGCGUCCCUCAUCUCACUGUACUCGCUCGAACUCGCCUUCUUCUUGGACGCCAUCCGCGACGUGUACGAGGCCUUUGUCAUCUACUGCUUCUUCAGCCUCCUCGUCGAGUACCUUGGCGGCGAGCGCUCUCUCAUCAUCACUCUUCAUGGCCGAGACCCGGUUCCGCAUCCCUGGCCUGUCAACCUCUUUCUUCACCCGAUGGACGCGAGCGACCCGUUCACUUUCCUCGGCCUCAAGCGUGGCAUCCUCCAAUACGUCCAGAUCAAGCCCCUUCUUGCCCUCGCGACCGUCAUCAUGAAGGCCACCGACACGUACAAGGACGGCGCGCUCGCCAAGGACUCGGGCUACACCUACGUCUCGAUCGUGUACAACCUGUCGGUCUCGCUGUCGCUGUACUGCCUCGCCAUGUUCUGGGUCGCCACGUCGAGCGACCUCAAGCCGUACCGGCCCAUGCCCAAGUUCCUGUCGGUCAAGGGCAUCAUCUUCUUCUCGUUCUGGCAAGGGUUCGCCGUGUCCAUCGGCGUCGCAGCGGGGCUGUUGCGCUCCUCCCGUUACGACACUGAGCAGCUGUCGCUCGCCGUCCAGGACACGCUUGUCUGCUUCGAGAUGCCCCUUUUCGCCUUCCUCCACCUGUACGCCUUCUCGUACACCGACUACGUCGACGACAACCACGUCUACAGCGGUCGGCUGCCCAUGUGGCACGCCCUCAAGGACGCGUUCGGGUACAAGGACCUGUUCCUCGACUCAAUCGGCACCCUGCGCGGCUCGGGCUUCUCGUACCGCACCUACGAGCCGGCGUCGGGCGCGCUGCACGCGUCGGGCCUCGUGCGCGACCGUCGCAUCCGGGCCGGCCUGCGCUACUCGACCGCCGACGGCGGGCGCAAGUACUGGCUGAACCAGCCCGGUCGCGAGGAGGACGCCUACGGCCGGCGCGGCGACGGCAUGCUCGGCGGCGGGCUGUCGAGCCGGCCCAUCCACGAGGUGCACCGGCGGCUCGAGGAGCGAGUCGAGGCGCGCGAGGGGUACGCGCCCCGGGCGCACGACGACGAGGUCCUGCACGUCGAUCCCGAGUGGGCCGAAGCCGAGCGGGCCAAGAAGCGGGCCAUGAACGACAGCGCGGGCCCGCUCGGGCUCGGGUGGUGGGAGGGCGGGAGGGCGUACGACCAACUCGACCACGGCGACGUCAGCGACGCCGAGAGCCUCGAGUUUCACCCGGUCGACGAGAUGGAGGAGAAGGAGGUUGAGCGGCUGUACCGCGAGUCGCGCGAGCUCGAGUACGGUGCGUCCCGCCAUCCUUCUCUCCUUUCGCCUUCUCCUGGUCGAGCAUGA